CGCACCUCAUCAAAGCAAAGCUGUGACUCCCCCCACUACCUUUCUCAGCGCCUCUGGCGUCUGUCAACAUCAACAACUUCCUCUCGAUUCCAUUUCAUUUGUGGCGGGUGGUUAUUUUAUUCUUCAUGGUGGCGAUUGUCCGACUCGUUCUGGAACAUUAGACAACUACUGUGUCAGUCUAUCCGGAACACCACCAGAUUCGAAAGCAGCACGGUUCUCUAUCGCGUUCUCCUUCCGCGCUCUCCAUUGACUCAAGUCCCAAGCAAACUCGACGAUCCCAACUCGAGACGCAUCUUAGGAGAGCUUUGUCGUCUCUUUCUCUGCAGACCUCAUAGAAGCAGGAGAAGGGCGGUUGACGACAAUGACUUCUGCUCCUCCAACUUCGGUAAUCACUGGGGGCAAAUAUCUCAACACAUCCUCCUCCCACUCUCCCGUACAGCAGCAACAGAGUCAGGUUACCUCUCCAAGCUUCGAAUUCGGCUCUCGACGCUCUGCCAGUAGCUCAAGCCAACCCAACGCGUCCCCAAGAAACAAUCAGGGUCAGCGGAAACAGCACAAGAAUUCAAGGAGACCAAGACUUGCGACUGAAGAUGCGAUGGCGGAAUCCGGGGUCAUGAGGAAUGCGAACAGUCGCCGAGGUCAGACCUCAAUCACCCAUCUCAUGAACUUCUCCCUCCCUCCUCGACCCCAAGAUUACCGGAACACAAUGCAACGCGGCACUCGGAGGGGCAAUAUCUAUGGUAUUGGAUCCGGUCACCACUCGAGUGAUAAGGCGAGGUAUAUCCAUGCGAAUUACAGAUUCAUUGUGAAGCCCUAUGGAGAAUACAAGACUCAAGCCGUUGAUGCUGACCAACCCCUCGAUUGGAAUGACGUGUUGCAGAUUCUUGCCUCUUCCGUCUCACAAAAUGCCUCUUGUCCAAUAUGUCUCUCUCAUCCAGUUGCCCCGCGAAUGGCCAAAUGUGGUCACAUCUUCUGCCUCCCUUGUUUAAUUCGGUAUAUGCACUCUACAGACGAUACCAACCCAGUUCCUGAGAAGAAGGCGCGCUGGAAGAAGUGCCCGAUCUGCUGGGACUCGGUGUACAUGUCGGAAACCAGACCAGUGAGGUGGUAUACUGGACAAGAAAGCGCUCCGCCUCGGGAAGGCGACGAUGUUGUGCUGAGACUUGUCAUGCGCCAACCGGGGAGCACGCUCGCACUGCCACGAGAUGGCGCUGAUGUGCUCGGAAAGAAUGAGCAUUUACCGUGGUAUUUUGCGGCAGAGGUGACAGAUUAUGCACGGAUUAUGAAGGGCAGCGAAGAAUAUAUGACAGAGCAAUAUGAUGCAGAAAUCGCGGAUCUACAUCGACAAGAGAACGAGGAUGAGCUUAUGUUUGGCGAAGAACCAGAGUGGACGAGAAAAGCUGUCAAUGCUGUUCAAGAGGCGAAGGAUAAAAUGAAGGGAAUUGGCGAUCCUCCAGCUGCUGCUAAACAACCAGCAGAGAAACCCAUCAAGAGGCAGCCAAUUCAAUUCACCACGAUGAGCGAAGAUGCCCCAGAGAUGUAUUUCAUUCAGAACGCCUCCAAAUCGGGUCUGGGCAUCUCGAACGAGCGUGUUUCGACGAAUGUCAUUGGCGAAGGCAAGACUGAAGGGUCACAGUCUCAAACACCUCAGGCCAGCGACCCAAAGCCAAUUCCUUCUCAUCCCAAGUCUCACACUCCACGCCAUAUACAAAACGAAGGACAUCACCCCGAUGCUCCAUACUUCUUCUACCAGGCACUUUUACACUAUUAUCUUGCACCGCUCGACAUCCGAAUUCUGAAAUCAGCCUUCGGCAGCUUUGCUUCUUUCCCUUCAACUCUUCUACCACGUGUUGAGCGCGUGUCGACUGGGCAUAUCAUGGACGAUGACCUUCGCAGAAGAACUAAAUACCUUUCGCAUCUGCCUUAUGGAUGUGAAGUUGGCUUUCUUGAAUGCAAUUGGACAGAUGUUGUUGUCCCUGAGAUUUUGGAACAAUUCAAAGAGGAGAUCGAGAAGAGAAGAAAGCGAAAUAGGGAGAAGGAGACUCGAGAAGAGCGGGAUCGGGUUCGUGCUGAGAAAGCUGAGGAUGAUGCCCGAUGGGCAAUGGCGAGACGGAGACGACCUAGUAUUCCAUCGGAGAACUUCUCUGGCGACGACUUCCACCCUUUGGCUCCUUCUUCUUUAGAUGCCAGUAAUGCUUCCCCUCCAUGGGGUGCCAGGCAAGGUUCGUCGUUCGCCACCCUUGCGUCGCCCUCCACCAGUCCCAGUGCUCCAAAGACAGUCUGGGGUACUGCAGCAUUGGUUUCGGCACCGUCUCCUGAAGUCCGACCUCAAAUGGCACCUGAUGUUGAUGACGGAUGGCUACACUCUUGGGAGCAAGAACUGCUUGCCGAGAAUGAAGCGCUUGUCGCACAAGUCCAAGCGGCCUCUCUUCAUGGUCAGGGAAGUGCCAACGGACAGGCGGUGGAGAGUGAUGUCCGCCCGAGCGGUGGACAAGGAAAGAAGAAGAAAGCGAAGAAGAUCACGCUGAUGAGUACUACUGCUAGAAGAGCAGCUUGAUUUAAUUUGCAUUGCAUAGAGCGACUGGCCCGGCACGGAGUUGGCGGUUCUUUGUAGAUACUUGACUACAAAUUCAAUAUUCCAGGAAGUCUAGAAUAUCUGAGGCUAUGGCCAGCUGAGAUCAUGAAUACUAUAAGAUUGCCGAUCGGUACUUGUCAAUAAUCUCGAAUUUUAUGCCCGUCA